AUGAUGCGCAGAAAGAAGAACGUGAAGAAGGGAAUCCAGUUCUGUUUGAUGGUCUGCGGAGCAUCUGGCACUGGAAGAACUACCUUCGUCAACACUCUUUGCGGAAAGAGUGUCCUCGGCCACAAGGAUGCGGAUGAUGCUGCCGCCGCCUCUGUUGAGGACGGUGUCAAGAUCAAGCCCGUCACUGUCGAGCUAGAGCUUGAUGAGGAGGGUACCCGUAUUUCCCUGACCAUUGUCGACACUCCCGGCUUCGGUGACCAAAUCGACAAUGAAGCCAGCUUCUCCGAGAUUGUCGGUUACCUCGAGAGACAAUACGACGACAUUCUCGCCGAGGAGUCCCGUAUCAAGCGUAACCCGCGUUUCAGAGACAACCGUGUUCACGCCAUGCUCUACUUUAUCACACCUACGGGUCACGGUCUCCGCGAGCUGGACAUUGAGCUCAUGAAGCGCCUUGCCCCCCGUGUCAACGUCAUUCCAGUUAUUGGCCGCGCCGACUCCCUGACUCCGGCUGAGCUCGCUGAGUCGAAGAAGCUUGUGAUGGAGGAUAUCGAGCACUAUCGCAUUCCUGUCUACAACUUCCCCUACGACAUUGAGGAGGACGACGAGGACACCGUCGAAGAAAACGCCGAGCUGCGAGGCUUGAUGCCGUUUGCUAUUGUCGGUUCCGAGGAGAGCGUCGAGAUCGGUGGCCGCACCGUCCGUGCCCGCCAGUAUCCCUGGGGUGUCGUCGAAGUUGACAACCCGCGCCACUCCGACUUCCUUGCCAUUCGCUCUGCCCUCCUCCACAGCCACUUGGCUGAUCUGAAGGAAAUCACCCACGACUUCCUCUACGAGAACUACCGUACCGAGAAGCUCAGCAAGUCCGUCGAGGGUGGUGCUGGAGUUGACUCGUCCAUGAACCCCGAGGACCUCGCCUCGCAAUCUGUGCGCCUCAAGGAGGAACAGCUGCGGCGAGAAGAGGAGAAGCUCCGCGAGAUCGAGAUCAAGGUCCAGCGCGAGAUCAACGAGAAGCGCCAGGAGCUCUUGGCGCGCGAGUCCCAACUCCGCGAGAUCGAGGCCCGUAUGCAGAGAGAACAGUCUGCAGCAGCCGGCAAUCCCGCCGAGGCCAACGGCGACCAGGAAGCCAACUAG